UUAUCUUUUUUGGUUCUUACUUCUUAAUAGGUCUCUGUCUUCUCUCGUCUAUCUCCUCUCCGACUUUUGUACGCAGCAUUGACUCUUCCAUCAGCUCAACUGAAUAUAGGACUAAUUUUUUGCCCUCAGUAAUUGAUUUCCGGGCAACCCUUUAAGCCUUUUGGCAAUCAGCUUUUGGGUUUGAGGUAAGGUGGUGCUCAGAUAUCUUGAGGACUUUCACAUGCCAGACAUUUGGAGUCAAGGUUAAUGAUUGUGUAAAGCACUGGUUUUACAAGGACAUCUGUUCAAGAACAAUCAACUAAGUGACUUGAGCCUCCUGGAUAUGCGUGAUCGUCAUUCCUAGAACUGGGAAAAAAUGGGAUCCUCAAAGUUUCCUCUGCGCUAUGGGAUCAUACUCUUGACCUUCGUCUGUACUUUUGUUUGCUAUAUUGAACGUGUGGGCUUCUCAAUAGCAUACACAAUUGCAGCUGAUGCUGCAGACAUAAAUCAGACAAGCAAAGGCAUGAUACUUUCAACCUUCUAUUACGGCUAUGCCUGUUCACAAGUACCUGGAGGUUGGGCAGCUCAGAAAAUUGGUGGUAGGCUUGUUCUCCUCUUCUCAUUUGUCUUGUGGUCUCUAACCUGUGCUUUGGUGCCUCUUGAUCCAAAUCGAGUGACGGUGUUGGUGAUAGCUCGCCUGCUUGUUGGUGUGGCCCAGGGAUUCAUCUUUCCUUCCAUCCACACUGUCCUAGCCCAGUGGGUGCCGCCACAUGAGAGAUCACGGUCUGUUUCUCUUACAACAUCUGGGAUGUAUUUUGGCGCUGCAGCUGGAAUGCUAGUUCUUCCAAGCCUGGUGAAGUUCAAGGGUCCUCAAUCUGUAUUUGUUGCUGAAGCGGCUCUUGGUGCAUCAUGGUCUCUACUAUGGCUCAAGUAUUCCAGUGAUCCACUACGUUCUGAGCAUCCAAAAGCAACUGCUGCUGGUUUUGGUGAAUCCCUGCUACCUAUUAAAGGGAGUCAAAAGACAAAGGUAGAGAAUGGAGGACAUUCCAUCAGAACACCCAAAAUUCCAUGGAAAAAAAUUAUCCUUAGCCUCCCAGUGUGGGCAAUUGUCGUUAAUAAUUUCACUUUCCAUUAUGCUCUCUACGUGCUUAUGAACUGGCUACCUACAUACUUUGAAUUAGGCCUUCAGCUCAGCCUUCAAGAAAUGGGUUCUUCAAAGAUGAUGCCUUAUUUUAACAUGUUUUUAUUCUCAAAUAUUGGUGGAGUGAUUGCUGAUCACUUGGUCACAAGGAGAAUCUUGUCUAUAACAAGAACAAGAAAGCUUUUGAAUACUGUUGGAUUUAUGGUGGCUUCAUUUGCAUUAAUAGUUCUUCCUUACUUCAGAACCUCUGGUGGAGUUGUGUUUUGUUCUUCUAUUGCUCUUGGUUUCUUGGCGUUGGGAAGAGCUGGAUUUGCAGUAAAUCACAUGGAUAUCGCUCCAAGAUAUGCUGGAAUUGUGAUGGGGGUGUCAAAUACAGCUGGUACAUUGGCUGGCAUUGUUGGGGUGGAUCUCACUGGUCGACUUCUGGAAGCUGCUAAAACUGCUCAGUUGGACUUGACUAGCCCGGAUAGUUGGAAAGCAGUAUUUUUGAUACCUGGGAUGCUGUGCAUUUUUAGCUCUUUUAUUUUUCUUCUAUUUUCCACAGGGGAAAGAGUUUUUGACUGAAAAGAUGGUUAUUACUGCUUAGGAUGUAUGUAUUCUUAUUCAGGAGAUGGUUCUCCACAUACAACCCUAUGCUGGCAGAUUGAUCUGAUGCCUUUUUUCAGCCUUAUCCUUCUCCAUCAUGAAUGCAUAGCAAAAGUAUAUCAAAAGGUUCAAGACUCACAGUUUGGCUUGCUACUUUUUGAAGUUAUCAUUGCAACUCCUGCAGAUUGCACCGAUUGAGGUGGAGUUUGCUCAUUUAGACUUUGAUACCAUUUGUUGGAUGUCCUUUUACUACUUGUAAUUGUAGCUUCAUGAUAGCCUUCCAAUUGGUUACUUGUUAUUUUACCUUUUUUUUUUUUUAGUAACUUUGAGUUUAGGAUUACAAUUUUUUAGUUAGACAUUGUCCAGCUAUGGUUAAUUACUGGACUGAUUGAUUGGCAAUAGCAUUAAGAAAUUAGGAUAUUAGUUUAGCCUUCUGUAUUUAGUCAAAUGCCAUGUAACCAUUCAGAAUGCACUACUGAGGGAUGGUUCCAACAUCUUUUUUUUAUACAUUUUUAAAUUUUGGGAAUA